CUUGACAAAGUGCCGCUCGUGUGAUGUCUAUCGUAAAAAUCACACGUUAUACCUAAUCUUUAAUGCAAUACAUACUACGAGUACAUUGGAUAGCUUAAAGAAAUAGUAAUCUUAUUUUCACCAUCUGUUAGUAAAAGAAAGUCAGAAAAAGGCGUUGAAAACUUCAAACGUUAGAAUGAUCGAAAAUCUAUUUUCAAGAUUAUUUGUUAUUCGUCAAAAGAAAAAGAAUUGUUACGCUGUGAAUGUCUCCUCACAGGCUAGUCAACAGCAAGUAAAAGGUCAAAAGAAAUGUGAAGAUGAUAAACAGCCUUUCCUGAAAUGUCGUCAUGUUGCUGCAUUAAUGGGGUUCCUGGUAUUUUUUCUGCUGAGCUGUCACAGAAUGAAUAUGAGCAUUGCCCUAAUUGCAAUGGUGAACCCUUCAGCGCAUUCUUUGCCGCAGAUUUCACUAAAUACAUCAAAUUUUACGCAAGCACAUUCAAAUUUAACGCAAGUACAUUUGGUAACAACAAAUCAAAGUGAGAAGACUGAAACGAAAUUCGAUUGGAGUCCAGAAAUUCAAGGAUAUAUUUUGGGAUCCAGUUUCGUGGGAUACUUCUUAACACUAGCACCUGGUGGAUAUUUAGCUGAAUCGUUUGGAUUCAAAAUAAUUAUCAUUAGUGGGACAUUUAUUUCAUCUGUUUCUAACCUACUAUCACCGUUGGUCGCCAAAAUUAGUGUAUUUCUUCUCAUUGGCAUUCAGCUUGUUAGAGGACUUGGACAAGGAUUGCUGCAGGCUUCUAUGUGUGUUCUUAUGGCGAACUGGUUUCCUCGAACAGAGAGAGGUAUUUUGUCAUCCAUUGUGUUUUCUGGUUUCUGCGUUGGUAUUUUAUUAGGUGGAUCACUAAGCGGAUACCUUUGCGAAUGUUCUUUUCUUGGUGGAUGGCCAUCUGUCUUUGUUAUUUUUGGUGCGUUAGGUAUUAUCGCAAGUGCUCUUCUAAUAUUUCUGCUACAUGAAUUGCCUAAGGACCAUCCACGAAUUACGGCAUGCGAACUAAACUAUAUUUUAAGAAAUCAAGAAGUCAGUUUAUCCUCGAAGAGACCACCUAUUCCUUGGAAGAGCAUCUUUUCUUCCUUGCCUACGUAUGCUCUCAUAAUUGGCAUGUUUGGACAAUAUUGGAUUGGAACACAUUUUUUAACCGUUCAUUCGACAUUCUUAGCCACUAUCCUUAAAUACAAAAUGACUGAGAAUGGCCUUUUAACAUCUGUACCUUUCGUGCUCCAAACGAUAUUUACUAUCGUUUCAAGCGUACUGUCGACUUGGUUGAAUAAAAGAAACUACUUAAACGUAUCCAAGGUCAGAAAAAUGUGGAAUUUUCUGGGAUGCCUUGGAUAUUCCUUGUGUCUAACUGCAAUUAUGGUUUCAAAGUGCGAAACAACGACUACCGUCCUGAGCUCGAUUCUAGCUAUUGGCUUUUCGGGUUUUGCCUACACUGGAUGUAUGAUUGUACCAGGAGAUAUGUCACCUACUUUCGCAGGUUCUUUAAUGGGCGUGAGUUCAACAAUAUCAUCCACAUCAGGAUUCAUUCUUCCAAUUACAGCUGGACUUCUAACGAACGACGAGCAAUCAGUAGGACAAUGGAACAAGUUUUUCAUAAUAUCAAUCUCAGUAGCUAUGAUUUCUGGGAUAUGCUUUGCUGUUUUUGGAUCAGCAGAACUGCAACCCUGGAAUCCUACUAACGUGGAAUGCCCUGAAAAAAAUGCAGAACAAAUGCAACAGGAGACACCGUCCACUGACGUGAAAGAAACGGAAAGUUCAGUCCACAUAUGAAACUUUUUAUUUGACAUCAAAUGAAGGGCUCGAGGCAGAAAUGUUGAAAUAAAUGCGGAACAAAUGCAACAGAAGACAAUGUCCACUGACGUGAAAGAAACGGAACGUUCAGUUUUCACAUAUGAAGCUUUUUAUUUGACAUCAAAUGCUCGGGGCAGAAAUGUGACAAGCCACAAGAAGUGGCUUUUCGAUCAAACUUUUUGUCCCUCAUAAUAAAAAUUGAAAUAAACAUGACGAUAAAUUAUGUCAUUUGGAGAAAAGCAAGUCUGGUUUUAGUAUUGCAGAAGAUCCUUUCAGGCCCUGAGCCUUUCAAAUAUAUAUUGCUUUUAUGCUGUUGAG